AUGAGAACAGUUCAGUUCAAGCACCAGUAUGAAAGUAUUUUUAAUUACUCCCAGAGCUUAAACAGCAGUGAAGUGGAGAAAAAGUCUGAUGCGAAAAUGCAAAUGAAGAAACUAAGAGCCUUUAUUCAGGCACUGCAGAAAACUUACCAGAAAAUACUGAGAGAGAAGGAGAGCGCGUUGGAAGCUAAAUACCAAGCCAUGGAGAGAGCCGCGACUUUUGAGCAUGAUCGAGACAAGGUCAAGAGGCAGUUCAAGAUUUUUAGAGAAACUAAAGAAAAUGAGAUUCAGGACUUACUGAGAGCCAAACGAGAGCUAGAAGCAAAACUUCAGAGACUCCAGGCCCAAGGAAUCCAAGUAUUUGAUCCUGAAGAGUCGGAUUCUGAUGAUAAUUGUACAGAUGUUACAGCCACUGGGGCACAAUCCGAGUACUGGAAUGGAGGAGCUUUGGGAAGUGAGCCAUCCAUGGGUAGUAUGAUGCAACUUCAGCAGUCUUUCAGAGGGCCUGAAUUUGCUCAUAGCUCUAUAGACGUUGAGGGACCAUUUGCAAAUAUAAACAGAGAUGAUUGGGAUGCUGCUGUUGCCAGUUUAUUGCAAGUUACUCCUCUGUUUUCUCACUCUCUGUGGAGUAACACAGUAAGAUGUUUUAUUAUUAGUACUGAUGAGACUCAACCAGAAGUGGACAUCUUCCUUAGAAACUACUCACCCAAACUUCAAAGACACUGUGAAACAAUGGGCUACUUCUUUCAAGUUGUUCAUUUUUCAACAGAAAAUGAAAGACCUCUUAAGGAUGUAAGAAAAUGGGAAAUUGAAAAAAGUUCAUUAGUCGUUUUGCUUCUCCAUUUAACUUUGCCAAGUUGUUUGUUGGAAGACUGUGAAGAAGCCUUCUUGAGAAAUCCAGAAGAAAAACCCCGGCUAAUUUACCACAGAAAGGAGGGUGGCAGAGUCAGUUCAGUCUCAGUGCAACAGUUAAUCGAACAAAUUUCGUAUGUGAACAAAGCAAAGAUGAUUGAUCACAUUGGAGAUGUGGAGAAAGGAGCAUACAAAAUCUAUAAUUGUAUGGAAAAGAUAAUUAAACAGGAUAUAUUGGGGUGUGAAACAACAGAAUUAGAAGGCAAGGAUUUGGGCAGUAAGGAGGAGUCUACUGCUCCUGAAGAAGAAAUUUUUGGUGAUGUAUUGUGGGAUGCACACGAUGAGCAAGAACAGAUGGAAGCUUUUCAGCAGGCCUCUAAUUCAACAUGUGAGCUGGGAUUUGAGAAAUAUUUUGAACGUCUAAAUGACCUAGUAGCAGCACCAGCACCAAUUCCACCUCUGCUUGUAUCAGGAGGACCAGGCUCUGGGAAAUCUCUCCUUCUGUCAAAAUGGAUUCAAUUGCAACAAAAGCAUUCACCAAAUACUCUGAUCCUUUAUCACUUUGUUGGAAGGCCCAUGUCUACUAGUUCAGAAUCUGCAUUGAUAAUUAAACGCCUCACUUUAAGGCUUAUGCAACACUCGUGGUUAGUGUCACCUCUAACGUUGGAUCCAGCUAAACUUCUGGAAGAGUUUCCCCGCUGGCUGGAAAAGCUUUCUGCACGACACCAAGGCAGCAUUAUUAUAAUUAUUGAUUCUAUUGACCAAAUACAGCAAGCUGAGAAGCAUAUGAAAUGGCUGAUAGAUCCACUGCCAGUGAAUGUGAGAGUGAUUGUAUCAGUGAAUGUAGAAACGUGUCCACAGGCUUGGAGGUUGUGGCCCACUCUUCAUCUUGAUCCACUGAAUUCCAAAGAUGUUAAAUCUCUCAUUAGUGCAGAAUGUGACUCUGCAAAUGUUAAAUUGACCAAAGAGCAGGAGAAGAAGCUUGAGAGACAUUGUCGUUCAGCCACAACUUGCAAUGCUUUGUAUGUCACUCUUUUGGGCAAAACCAUUGCUUGUGUUGGAAAUACAAGAAAUAUUGAUGAAACCCUUCAACAGUGUUUUCAGUGUCAAGACACAGUGUCACUGUACAGGCUUGUUCUGAGAUCAAUUCAAGAAUCAUUGCAGAGUGAUAAAGAGAAAGGCCUUUUGAGAGAGAUCCUGUGUGUCAUUGGAGUUAGCCACAAUGGUGUGAGUGAGUCAGAGCUGAUGGAACUUUAUCCUGAACUGUCCUCUGCCGUGUUAGCCUCACUCGUUCACAGCCUGCACAAAAUGUGUUUGCUGACAUAUGGCUGUGGUUUACUGAAGUUCCAGCACCUCCAGGCUUGGGAGAUGGUGAGACUAGAGUAUAUGGAAGAAGGUGAAAAAGUUAUUUCUACCUAUAGGCAAAAACUAGUGGAGUAUUUCACCAUGCAGCUAAGUCGAGACCGAGUGACUUGGAGAAGUGCAGAUGAACUUCCCUGGCUCUUCCAACAGCAGGGUGAUAAGCAAAAGCUACAUAAAUGUCUUUUGAACCUCUUUGUAUCCCAAAACCUUUACAAAAGGGGACAUUUUGCAGAAUUGCUGAGUUACUGGCAGCUGGUUGGGAAAGAUAAGAGCUCUAUGGCAGCUGAGUAUUUUGACUCUCUGAAAGAAUAUGAAAAAAGCUGUGAGGGAGAGGAAAGUAUGAUCUGCCUGGCUGAUCUUUAUGAGACCCUGGGACAGUUUCUUAAAGACCUAGGUCUUCUCAGUCAGGCUGUGGCUCCUCUGCAGCGAUCUCUGGAGAUUCGAGAGACUGCGCUGGAUCCAGACCACCCGAGGGUGGCGCAGUCACUCCACCAGCUAGCAGGAGUUUAUGUUCAGUGGAAGAAGUUUGGAAAUGCUGAACAGUUGUAUAAACAGGCACUGGAAAUCUCUGAAAAUGCUUAUGGAGCUGAACAUCCUCGAGUAGCCCGUGAACUUGAUGCACUUGCAACCUUGUACCAAAAGCAGAACAAAUAUGAACAAGCUGAACAACUGAGGAAGAAGUCCUUCAAGAUACGCCAGAAGGCAGCAAGGCGGAAAGGCAGUCUGUGUGGCUUUGCUCUCCUGCGUCAGAGAGCCCUGCAACUGGAAGAGCUCACAUUAGGCAAGGAUACACCAGACAAUGCUCGAACCCUCAAUGAGCUUGGAGUCCUCUAUUACCUGCAAAAUAAUCUUGAGACAGCAGAGCUUUUCCUGAAGCGCUCCUUGGUAAUGAGAGAGAGAGUCCUGGGACCCGACCACCCAGACUGUGCACAGUCUUUGAACAAUCUGGCAGCCUUGUACAAUGAGAAGAAGCACUAUGACAAGGCAGAGGAACUCUAUGAAAAAGCUUUGGACAUCAGGAGGAGAGCACUGGCUCCAGAUCAUCCCUCCUUGGCUUAUACUGUGAAACACCUUGCAGUGCUGUACAAAAAGAUGGGAAAACUUGACAAGGCUGUUCCUCUCUAUGAACUAGCAGUUGAAAUUCGACAGAAGUCAUUUGGCCCAAAACACCCUAGUGUAGCAACUGCUUUGGUGAAUUUGGCUGUCCUUUAUUGUCAGAUGAAAAAGCAGAUUGAAGCUUUACCUCUUUAUGAACGUGCUUUAAAGAUUUAUGAAGACAGCUUUGGUCAAAUGCAUCCUCGUGUGGGGGAAACUCUGAAAAACUUGGCUGUGCUAAGCUAUGAAGGGGGAGACUUUGAGAAGGCAGCUGAACUUUACAAGAGAGCUAUGGAAAUAAAAGAAGCAGAGACUUUGUUGAUAGGUGGAAAAGCAACUUCUCGACACUCAUCCAGUGGAGAUACAUUCAGCUUAAAAAGUGCAUUAUCUCCAAACAUUUUCCUGGAACAUGGACAAAGGUGAUACAAACCAACUUAAAGAAAAGGCAAUCUCUCUUGCUAUUUUAAAGCAGACAUAAAAUUAUUAAGAAAAUCUAGUUUUCCUAGGAUAAUGUACUAUUUUGGGUCUGACACCUGUCUUCCUGAAUGACAGGGAAAUAAAUGUUAAAAGCUUGAAAUCCUUCCACAUUACUUUUGCAGACUGUAUGGUACGAAGUGAGCUGCUUUAAUUGUAUAUAGAUAUGCAUAUUAGUUACUAGAUCAAGUUCUAGCUAAUACCAAAAAACGUGGAUUUGAUACCUCUUACUCCAAGUGCCAGGAUUGUAAUAAAUCAAGUUGAACCAAUUGUAUAUAUU